AUGGCCGACAAGCAGUUCUCCGUCGCCCCAGGGCCAGCGCCCUCCGAGGCCAGCCAUGUGCAGCAGGACCGCCUCAACCGCAGCCUCUCCGCCCGCCAGGUCCAGAUGAUCGCGAUCGGGGGCACCAUCGGCACCGGCCUGUUCCUGGGCACCGGCAGCUCGCUGGCCACCGGUGGGCCCGCCUCGAUGCUCAUCGCCUAUGCCAUCUCCGGCGGUAUUGUCUUUGUGACGAUGCUGAGUUUGGGCGAGAUGGCCGCGUUUGUGCCUGUUGCAGGGAGCUUCUGUACUUUUGCAGGGAGAUUCGUCGACGACGCAUUUGGGUUCGCUCUAACCUGGAACUACUGGUUCAAUGAUGCUGUUUCCACCGCUGCGGACCUGGUCGCACUGCAGCUGGUCCUCCAGUACUGGUCCGACAACUUUCCGGGAUGGGCUUUCAGUUUGAUCUUCUGGGCUGUUUUGAUCGGGCUGAAUCUUUUUGCGGUGCAUGUUUAUGGAGAGGUCGAGUACUGGAUGAGCCUGCUAAAGGUCAUCACCAUCGUAGUCUUCAUCAUCCUUGGAAUAGUCGUCAACUGCGGCGGCAAUGAAUCAGGCCACUACAUCGGCGGCGAGAACUGGCACAUCCCAGGCGCGCCCUUUGUCGAUGGAAUCGGCGGUUUCGCAUCUGUCUUCGUCACCGCAGCAUUCGCCUACGGCGGCACCGAGUCUAUCGCCAUUACUGCAGGAGAAACCAAAGACCCAGCAAGAAAUAUCCCAAAGGUCGUUCUCAACGUUUUCUGGCGAAUCCUCAUCUUCUACAUUCUGUCCACCUUAAUCAUCGGCCUCAACCUCCCAUAUAACUUCCCAGAACUCUCUGAAGGCGACGUCAAAACUUCCCCCUUCACCAUCAUCUUCCAAAUGACCGGCACCAAAGCCGCCGGCAGCGUCAUGAACGCCGUCAUCCUAACCUCCGUUCUAUCAGCGGGCAACCACGCCCUCUUCGCAGGUGUCCGCCUCCUCUACACCCUCGCCAUAUCCGGGCACGCCCCCAAGGUCUUUGCGCGGUUAAACCGUAACCAAGUCCCCUGGGUCGCAGUCCUAGCCACUGGACUCGUCAGCGGACUCUGCUUCGGCUCGAGCAAGAUCGGCGCGGGCCAGCUUUGGACUUGGCUGCAGAACAUCGUCGGCGUCUCCAACCAACUCUCCUGGAUCUCCAUCGGCAUCACCUCAAUCCGAUUCCGACGCGCCAUGAAGGCCCAAAACAAAACUCAUCUUCUGCCCUUCCGUAACUUCACAUACCCAGUUGGGCCGUGGGUGUGUGUGAUUCUCAACAUCGUGAUUGUGCUCGUGCAGGGGUGGACCUGUUUCAGCCCGAGAUUCGACGGUGUCAGUUUCGUCAGCUUUUAUGUGGAACUGCCGGUUAUGUUGAUUAUGUUUUUGGGCUGGAAGAUCAUCAAGCGGACGAAGAUUGUGAAGCUGCAUGAGGUGGAUCUGGAGACGGAUACUUAUACCCUUGAGGAGGGGGGUAAGAAGAGUCUUCUUAAGAGGUUGAUUGAGUGGGCUGCUUAG